AUGUAUCCUAACAUCCCAUAUGCGCUUCUGUCGGCGGCGCUCAUCGUGCUAAGUACAGUGCAUCUCAUCUUGCUUACCGUUCACCGCCCCCAGCCUCACCGAUUGCCUGAGAUAUCAAUCUUCGUUCUCUUUGUCUGCGUCAAUGCUGUUGUCAUUGGCAUUGGUCUGUCAGGCUUAAGGCGCGGGGAUGAUUCGGCAAACCAAAAUCCAGGCCGGACCACUUACGAACGCCCUCCUGCAUCGAUUAUUUCUAGGAUAUUGUUUUCUGUCCCCUGCGUCGCCUAUGAGACGUCGGUGAAAGGUACAGCUGUGGUUGUAUCUAUCGACUACGCGAUACUCGCGAUUGCCGGUCUGCUUUUUUGGGGCGGAAUUCGCGGUAUACCAUCGCAGGGCCCUGUGAUCCGUGAAGUUACAAUCCAUGCAUUUCUUGUUAUCGUAACGGCAGGGUUUGCCGCAGGUGGACUUGUCUACGACUGGCCCUUCUGGAUCCAAUGCCUAUAUGGCUCGAAAUAUCUCCGCUCACUGCGCCGUGAUGGCCUAGACUCCCGGCCCGAAAAUGAGUCUUUUCAGCCAGGGGUGCCAGGCUGUGUCGAGGGCACGGGGAAACUUGCGUCGAUCACCUGGAGCGCGAGUGCCAUAUACAAACCCAGCCUGAAGAUGCUUCACCGCUCGCUCGUUGCCUUGUUCGAAAUACAGGCUGCUCAUCCACGCACUGGCAAGUUACUAGAAGCCUCACUAUCCGAUCUUAUGAGCUCGUGGGCGGGGGUUGCCAUGGCGUUUGAGGCUGGUUAUAUCAGGGAUGUAAUGCGAUUCAGCCGGUCGUGCCCAUUGAGUAGUGGCCACCUGCAUAUCAUUGAUGAAAGAACUUCUAUUCCUCGCGCCGUUACGCUCUCUUUUUAUGGAUCACACACCCGCACCAUGACUAUUCCCUUUGAAGCUCUGAAUACGUGGCCUGGACGGAUCAUACAGGGGCAAAACACAAGACAAUCUUCGGGGGGGCAGUGCACCUAUGCUUGGAGGCUUCCGAGUUUCAUUUCCAUUCUUGCCAUUAUCCCUGCUGUGGAAAGCCAUACUGAGAAGCUUGUCGUGCGGCUGGAUGCUUCUACUUCACAAAAGAGGCGAACCCUGGAGUACACAAACAGUUACUUUAGGCACGGCAGCAAGCAAAGUGAUUCUGGUUUUGAGAGGUAUAUGAUGGACAAAGAUUUGACCUCGGGCUGGAAAUUACGGAAAAGAGCAAGCACCCAAGCGAUACGAGAAAAUGCAGAACCCAACAAAAGAACCGACAGAUCUCAGGAUCAAGAUGACGACCAAAUCAGGGCCCAUCUAUUGAACGAAAUACGGGGUAAAAGCCAAACCAAGGAAGGAUAUGUUGAAAAAAAAGUUCGCCAACGUCUGAAACUCUACUGCUGCGGAUCGAAUAGACGUCAUGAUGCUCAGACAAACAACCAAACGCGCGCAGUGCCGGCGACCCUUAGCCAAGCUAUCAAGAUCGAUGAAGACCCGGAAACAGAAACAGACUCUGUGCUCUAUAUGUUGCCUCAUUCUAAACUGAAGCGGAAGCUGAGAGAGCAACAACAAAAACGACAGACCUGGGUUAAUCGAGCCAUCAAGUGCUGCUCCUGCGAAGUAACUGGCUCGGCGGUCAACAAAUGCGCAUGUGGGCAUGAGAGCCCAAUUCCCUCGGCGCGAGACAGUCAACCACAUCUUCAACCCGCCAGCGAAGAUAUCGCGAUGGAAAUUUCACUGGUUGUUCGACCUGCAAGGCAUGUCAAAUGUGAUGAAGCAGCACCUGCCUGUCGCAACUGCAUAAAAAGGGAUUUGUACUGCGAUGGUGCAAGACUCUACAGAUUCGUUAACCCCGGUUCUGUAAAGGGAGAGUAUAAAGCUUUCAGAGGGAAAACGGGUCAUCAGCUCCAAAUGACAGUGUCUCCAGCUCACACUCAUCGCCAUAUAAGGAUCCAACUUCCCCCUGCCUACGUUCCGUUACAAAGUGGGAUCCACGCUUCCACGGAAUCUCUUGCCAUGGAUAUUGAACCUAUUAAUCCCACCGCUGGUGACGGCAAGCCCCCGCUUCAAUCUACUCUCAACGAUGACGCUCGCGAUCUCGAGUCCCAUUCCUCCAGCUAUAACCCGUACUCGAUUGACGAAGCUGAUUGGUACUCAGAAUAUCCCAAUAUCCGUGGUGAUGUGUUUCAUGGCAAUGAAGAAGUACCCUUGACUUUCAUUGUUUGCAUCUCGGAGCCUGUACUUCAAGAGCAGCUAAAGUAUUUGAAGGCUCAUACUUCUCAUCUACACUUUGUCUUUGGCGCAUUCUCUGAGAAUAGUUUUGACGGACCUCUGGCAUUACCGUACGCGCUCUGUCUGUUCAAAAUUCUCCGGCAACACCCAGGACAGCAACUGUCUGAGAAGAGGUUGGAUGAUACCAUUCAAUUCCUCUCCAUACGGUUGAGAGGGCUUCUGUCAACACCUCUGUUUAAUACCGGUCGAGGUCGCAUAAGUCGUGUAUCACUUCUAUUUCGACGACAGGUGUUUCACAAGCGUCCACCUAGGCUCCUCUGGCCGGAAGAAUCUUGGAAACGGAGCACUGUUUGGGGUUUCACCCUGGAUGGCAACCUAACUGUGACAUUGUUUCUUGAUGGACAAUACCGUUUCAAGGUGCCCGAUGAGGUUUGGAGUGGUUUUAGCUCCUUGGAUUCGGGUAUUGCUGAUGUGGCUGUCAUCUUUGGCGUUGGCUAA